UCUGGAAAAUGAACCAAUCAGCGUGUAGUGUUUCACAGACAUGACGUCACUAGAGAGUAUUUAUACUCGGCCUCGCCCCCCUUCCCGACACAAACCGUCUUCAGCCGUCAUCAACGACAAACAACCAGUUACUGACUCCUAUCAACAGACGUCCUAAAGACAGCACGAGAUGGCCCGUACCAAGCAGACUGCCCGUAAAUCUACUGGAGGAAAGGCGCCAAGGAAGCAGCUCGCUACCAAGGCAGCCAGGAAGAGCGCCCCCUCCACGGGGGGAGUGAAGAAGCCCCAUCGUUACAGGCCUGGAACUGUGGCUCUGAGGGAGAUCCGUCGUUACCAGAAGUCUACAGAGCUGCUCAUCCGCAAGCUGCCCUUCCAGCGUCUGGUGAGAGAGAUUGCACAGGAUUUCAAGACCGAUCUGCGCUUCCAGAGUGCAGCCAUUGGAGCUCUUCAGGAAGCCAGUGAGGCUUACCUGGUGGGUCUGUUUGAGGACACCAACCUGUGCGCCAUCCAUGCCAAACGUGUCACCAUCAUGCCCAAAGACAUCCAGCUGGCUCGCAGGAUAAGGGGAGAAAGGGCCUAGGCGGCCGGUGUCAACAUUGUGACAAAUGAUCCUAUUUAUCGUACUUAACCAUUUUUGUGGACAUUUUUAUUUCUUGGGUAUUUUUUACGAGUUUUUCGUUUGAAUUUUGUAUUUUAGAUUGGGACAAUUCAUCAAUCAUUCCACAAAGCCUGAGUACACUUAGAUAGUUUGAAAUGUUGUGCAGUAGGAGUAUCUACCUAGUAUUCCAUCAUGGGUCAUGACUACAUGUUACAGACAUCAUACCACCCUUCAAGUACUUUGUGGGUAUCAGGUUCCCUCUGGGGAUGAGAGCUGUCUCUUGACGCGAGGAUGAAUUCUUCACAUCUUCCAUGGGGGUCCAAGGUCCCUUCGCCCAUCUACCACUUCUCACAAAAUGCCAGCAUGUCUUGCUCCAUCUGCAGUGUCAGGGUAUUGGCUGCUACAGUCGAUACUCUACACUCUGACUAGGAGUAUGGCGGAACCCUCCUGUAUUUUUCUGGACUGCUUUUUACGUGUUUUUCAACAUAAAUCUUGGCAGCUACAUUUACUACUAUUUAUGAAACUGUUGUCACGUGUCUUUCUAUUAAAGGUCUUUAUGAGUAGAAA